AUGAAAUUAAAACAAGAUAAAAUCGAAUGCGUUCUGCGUAUAAUAUUUAUCGUAAUUACCUUAGGUGUAUUGAUUUACGUAAUAUUACAAAAGAUAUUUAUAAUAACGGGAAUUAAAGUAACCGAACCAUUAAUAUCAAUGAAUAUACUAGAUUUAUCAACCAAAGGAAUUCCAGUUUUAAAUGCUUUCGUGUGUGCUUCAGCAAUUUCUGGUAUAUCAAUACAAAAAUUAAUACAUGGUAAGAUAAAUGAUAAUGGUACAAGAGAUCGUUUUGAAUUGUUGUCAUCAAAUUAUGUUAAACAAGCCACAACGAAUUCUUUAAUGACGGGAGAUUGGACAAAAGGAGAAGUUUGGCCUUGCUUUACUUUUGAACCAUCAAAAUCUAAUGAUUUAAGAUUUCGUGCGGGAAUAUUUGAUCAAAUUAUUAUCCUGGUAGAAACUCAAAGUCCUUUAACAGUAUUUGAUAAUCGCGAGUUGAUAUUUGGAUUGUUUAAUGAAGAAAGAAACAUGUCUGUUGUUGUGCCUUUCGUAACUCCAUUACCCACAAUAAACACCUUUACUUUUAGUCAUUAUGAAGUGGUUGAUAUUUAUCAUGAAAAACAUAACUAUUUCACUAUAAAUAAACAGAACUCUAAUAGAGUCAUGGAUGGAUUCAACGUUACAAAUCUCAUGGCUAGAUUUUUAUAUUCUCCCGACUCAUAUUUUGCGUUAAGUUAUACUGGAAAAAAACCUUUUUCAAUAUUUGAAAUUAUAGGUGCUGCAGGUGGCCUUAUCACUUAUGCAUUCGGAACCUAUUGGGUAUUGUUUGGUAGAGGAACUUAUAGAUCAUGGGGAAUAGUUCAAAGAUAUCUUUUGAGAAAUUCUCCAGAUUUAAAUCAACCGAAUGGAGAAAUGGCUCCGUUAUCCUUAAUAGAAAGUCAAGCUAUAACCCCAAAAAGUGCUGCAUCAAUUUUUUAUUUUGGUAGAAAGGGUGAAUCAAACUAUAUUAAUUCUCCUCCUAUUAAUAGUCCUUUUUCUAAUUCUGAUAAAGAACUUUUAAAAAAAAUUGAUUCUUUAAUUAAUAAUAAACUUUGGUUAAUUGAGCAAACUUUAAGUCGUCAUUAUUUAUCGGGGUUUAGGUUACGAAGAUACGACACAACAAAUGCUUUCUUGGAUGAUUACGUUAAA